AUGGUCUUGCCUGGAUCCGCCGCGGCCGGCUGGAUGAUGCUGGACCGCUUUAUCUACCACAGGGGCGAGGACGGCGACUGCAACGGCUGGUGCUUCCCGGACGAAUCCAUGACGCCCCUGAGGGCCACUUCGUCCACCUCCGUCGGCGAGCCCUUCGACGUCGCCAUCCUCCACGCCGAGCCCCCUGCAGUCUCCCGCCUCUACCUGCGGUGGCCCGGCGGCGGCACCAACAGAAGGGGCGCCGAGCUGGCUGCCGCACACCGCGACCUCCUUCUCUUCCGGUUCGUCUACGUUGACCUCCACGUCACGUUUGACAACUUCGUUUGCGUGGCAUCCUCAGAUCCUGUGCCGCACAUCGAGUUCAAACGCCUUCCCCUUUGCACCAUACCAAUGGUCUUGCCUCCGCUUUUCAAGGAAGACACGGAGGUAAUCACUACACGUCGAAACUUUUUGCCCAACAGUCUAGGGCUCGUUCGUGGAUCAUCCCCUGGCCAUGAAGAUGAGUUUGUCGUGGCACAGCUGGCUAGUAUCACUAAGAUACCAGGCCCAGACGACAUGAUGGAAGCUGAAGUGUGCAUGAUCCGCUCUCGUGUAUCAGCUAUGGAUGAUGAUGGCACAUGGGAGCUUCAUAAGAUACCCAUCCAGCACAAGGAGCAUCAAUACUUGAGACUCGUCGAUUGGUCGACUAGCGCUGUCACCACGUUCAACAACUGUAUUUGCUGGAUUUCCUACUACACAGGAGGUAUUCUAUUUUAUGAUGUAUUCGCAAAAACGCCUACCAUCUCUUAUCUAGGGUUACCUACCCAUCACCGUCCUGGAUACCGAGAAAGAGGUUUCCUUGAGGUGAACCGCAGCAUAUGUGUCACUGGUGGGGGUGAUCUCCUCAAGUAUACCUCUGUUGUUCGCACCGAUGGUCGGCUCUGUGGCCCACUUGAACAUCGCCAGGGUUACAAAAUUAUCACUGAUGUUUUGAAGGCAACGGAGAGUGUUGACAUGGAGUGGGACCGGGAUACGUUUGUGACAGCUUAUGAAUUCUGGCGUCACAACACCUCUGAGCGUCUCCCGCGCGAUGCUGUCCCCGAGUACCCUCUUGUCAGCAUGGACGACCCUAGUAUUAUACACUUUUUGCUGUCUGAGGAAAGAGAGAAGAUUAACAAGGUUUCGGUUGUUACGAUGGAUAUGGUUACCAACAAAAUGAUUUCAGUUGUUCCAUAUAUUAAAGGAGAGGAAGACCUCGAUGGCGAAGAUGCCGACAUGGUCAAAGAAAAAUCACACCUUCUCAAGUCCUUCCUUACAUCGGAGUUCCCCAAGUUUCUCAAUCUCACAAGCUUGAGGAUUCUGUGCAAUUAG